AUGGCCACGAGAUUACUCUACCCGAGACUUACCGCGAGUGGAGAUAACACCAAGAUCCGAACGAACGAGCGGGCACAAACUGAACGAAGCUCACCUGAAGCGGGCGCGGAGCGGACUGAGCGGACUCGGCAAGCUCCAGUCCUUGCUAGUGACAUCAGCGACCUUGCCCCCUCCACUUCGUCUGUCUGCCUCCUCGCCCGUCGGCACCCCUCUCGUCCGGAGGGUGUCAUCCGCUGCGUUCGGCUUCCGUCGGUUCGGUUAAAGAUGAGAGGAAGAUUAGAUUGA